GAAACAUCACAAAUUAUAACCUACAAAAACUGACAUUUGAGGUGAUAAGAUUCGCCUCAAAUGUGUCCAUUUCACGAAUAAAAGCAGCAUGGAUGAGCCCGUUCCUUCAAAUUCUACAGCAGACGAUGACGAAGUUAUUAAAGAGAUUCCAAUUUUCAACUCAACCCGCUUACCAAAUAAUUUAUUCUUACUGCGAUAUCCCCUACUGUCAAAAAAGUGCCCUAAUGAACUCACUCUCCGACGUGGACUUUUUAAACCGAACAAUCAAGAGCUUGAGUUGGAAAUGUGCAUCGACGUAGAAUCGUCGAAUUUUGACAGUGAUAGAGCCGAAUUAAUUGCCCAGGAGGUCGACGGGGCACCAGAGAACCGCAAAUCUACGACUAAAGUUCAUUUCGAAAAUGACUUAGUUGAUAAAGUAUGCCUUAAAUCAACACCGCCCGUGAAGGAACCGAGCAAAUACGCCGCUUUGACGUUCUCUGGCAAGGAGAUACAUCUAACGACACUUAGGAAUAUAUUUGAAUUCCGACCUUCAUUUAUGUAUUUAGAUAAGGGCUCGAGGAAACGCAAAGACACCGAGCAUAAUGACUUGAGUGACGAAGAAGAACCAGGACCCAGUACCGCAGAAGCGGUCACUGUGAAGUUCAAACAAAGUGAUGAUCGGUGGAAGAAAUCAAAGGACUUUAAGACUUUGCAAACAAAAAGUGCCUACGAAGCUUUUAUUUUCUGCGAGGUUCAUCCAGAAAGCAGUUCUCUAAGUAAAGUGGAAAAAUUGAAGUUGAUGGCCGAAAACACUGAGCCGAGGGGGCAGGCUAUGAAUUUGACGGACGCGGAGUAUGUUAGGGUGCUGGUUCCGGAGGACGAAGGGCAAGGAACAACCGAGCCAUCUUCUCGAUUUUUCAUUAUUUAAAUUUUUCGACUUUCCGAUUUUUCCAUAUCCCGGCGGGCGGGGCUAAAUUGAGCUUUUUUCUAAUUUUACGAGCAAUCAGUAGCCCCACCCACCCCUUCUUUGUUCCAGUGACUACUCUAAAUAUUGUUCAGUCCUACCUUAACAAGUUUUAGCCCCGCCCACCCACCCUUUUUUUUCUUUGAGGAUAUGUCAUUUACCAAAAUCAAUCUUAUCUUAACAAGUACUAGCACCGCCCACCCGCCCUUUAUUUUCUUAGAGGAUAUGUCGUUUACCACACUCAGUCUUAUCUUAGCAAGUACUAGCCCCGCCCAUCACGCUGUUCUCAUUCUAACGAUUUUAUCUCUUUCCUUGGGCUCCACCUUUCACUCGGGCUAGACAAAAUGAAUCACUGAAAUGGAGGCGGGGUGGGUGGGUGGGGCUAAUUAUGUUCUUCUGUCGAAACAACUUGAGACUUUUAGACCUUUUUUAUUACUGCCCGAGCAUAACGUAACGAAGUAUUUUAAACGAGUCCAUGGGCCGACUGACUACUUUCAUGUUUUCCCUACGAUUCAUAACCUCGAGAGUACGAAAAAUAGAUCUCCGUUCCCGUCCGUCCAUUCGGCUGUCUGUCUAUUUGUCUGUAGUCUGUCCAGAUUUUUAUUAGACAGAUAAUUUCCGAAACUACCGGAUAAAUUGUUGUCAAAUUUUAUAGGUUCUUAAGAAUAUCAUGUUACAACUUUUUUCUUUCGAAUGGAAAUAAGCAAAGGAGUGUGUUUUUUAGGUAUUACAUUUAUUUAUUAUUGAUUUAAGACUUUUGUAAUAUGUGUAUUUUUUUUUUAAUUUUGUGCAACGUUUUAUAGAACAUCUAAAUAAUUCUAUAGUGUACAUUUUUUACGUCAAUUGAUUGUAAUAAUUUUCAAAAUUUUGUUUUUUUGAAAUAAUUGAAAUAGAACAGUGGGACAAAUAAACUGGGGUGCCGCAGUUUCAAAAAUUUUA